CGUCAGUGCUGGCUGAGCUCGGGAUACUGGGAGAGCCGGAAGAGAGCCAUCAGAUCCCUGAAACGUAACAGUUUCUCCAUCAAAGCUGGAGGUCUGAACGGACCCACGUCCACCAGGGGAGGAUUUUUACAACCUGUAGAGAGUGUGGCCGGAGCUACCUUUUGUCGAACAAGUGUGUGUUGCUCUAAACAUGUGGAAGGCAGCAGCAGGACAGACCAUCGGUGUGGCUGUGAAUGACGAGGGGGACGACUGGGAGACCGACCCCGACUUUGAGAACGAUGUGUCGGAGAAGGAGCAGCGCUGGGGGGCCAAGACGGUGUCGGGCUCAGGACAUCAGGGGCACAUAGAUAUCCACGAACUGCGGAACACGGUGUCGACGGAGCACACCAGCCUGAAGCAGAAGGAGCAGGAGUGCAUGCCCAAGGCCUCGCAUGGAUACGGAGGAAAGUUUGGAGUGCAGCAGGACCGCAUGGACAAGUCUGCUGUGGGUCAUGAUUACCAGAUGAAGUUGUCCAAGCACUGCUCCCAGACCGACACGUCAAAGGGUUUUGGAGGGAAGUAUGGAGUCCAGGCUGACCGUGUUGACCAGUCAGCGGUUGGGUUUGAGUAUGCCGGGAAGACGGAGAAACACGCUUCACAGAAAGACUACUCCACUGGGUUUGGGGGGCGAUACGGCGUGCAGGCUGACCGCGUGGACGAGAGCGCUAUGGGCUUCGAUUACCAGGGCAAAACCGAGAAACACGAGUCCCAGAAAGAUUACGCUAAGGGCUUUGGCGGCAAGUACGGUGUUGAGACCGACAAGGUGGACAAGAGCGCGAUGGGCUUCGAGUACCAGGGCAAAACGGAGAGGCACGAGUCCCAGAAAGACUACGUGAAGGGCUUCGGGGGCAAGUUUGGCGUUCAGACGGACAGACAGGAUAAAUCGGCGCUGGGAUGGGACCACCAGGAGAAACUGCAGCUCCAUGAAUCCCAGAAAGAUUACUCUAAAGGCUUUGGAGGGAAGUUUGGUGUCCAGAACGACCGGAUGGAUAAGAGCGCGGGAACUUUUGAACACGUGGAGAAGCCGACCCCAUCGUACCAGAAAACCAAACCUGUGGAAGCUGCCGGCAGCAGCACAGGAAGCAUCAAGGCCCGCUUCGAGAACAUCGCCAGGGAGAAGGAGGAGGAGGACAGGAAGCGGGCUGAGGAGGAGCGGGUGCGUCGACAGGCCAAGGAGAAGCAGGAGCAAGACGAGGCACGCCGUAUAAUCGAGGCUACGCCCAGGGCUCCCUCUCCUGCUCCUGCUCCUGCUGUGAGUACCGUCCCCGUCCCCAGCCCGACCCCCAGCCCGACCCCGGCCGUCCAACCAGCUGCUGCUCCAACACAUGAGAAAUCAGAGGAGCCGUAUUACGAUACCACAGAGGAGAACGGCGAGCAGCUGUACGAGGCGGAGCCACAAACGCAGCAGCAGCAGGAGGAGGAGGAGCUCUACCAGAACCCAGACGAGACCGCAGCAGCAGGAGACGGCCAACAGUACGACUAUGGCGAGGACCUCGGGGUGACGGCGGUCGCUCUGUACGAUUACCAAGCAGCCGGCAACGACGAGAUCUCCUUCGACCCCGAUGACAUCAUCACCAACAUCGAGAUGAUCGAUGAAGGCUGGUGGCGAGGCGUCUGCAGAGGCGCCUACGGCCUCUUCCCCGCCAACUACGUGGAGGUCCGGCAAUGAUUGACGAUCCGUGUCCCUGUGCAAGAAAAAAAAAAAAA